GGCGGAGGGACGGCAGGUGCCCAUUUGCCUAGGGGCGCUGUGGGCUGGCUGGUCGCAGAGCAGAGAGAGGGAGUGGCGAUGGACAAUCCCUAGGAAGAGCCACCUCUGCCUGAACUCCUCAGCGGACCCUGGAGGCUGGGCUGGGGCUGGAUGCAGCUUCCUCCCGGCCCCCCAGGCUCGUGCAGCAGGAGAGAGGCUCCCGGGGAGCCGGGCUCGGCGUCCGGCCAUGGAGCGGUUCCGCGCGCUCUUCCAGCACUUCCAGUCCAGCUCGGAGUCAGUGACGAACGGGCUGUGCCUGCUGCUGGCCGCCCUCACCAUCAAGAUCUACUCUUCCUUCGACUUCAACUGCCCCUGCCUGGCGCGCUACAACACCCUCUACGGCCUGGGCCUGCUGCUCACGCCGCCGCUCGCCCUCUUCCUCUGCGGCCUCCUUGUCAACCGGCAGUCCGUGGUGAUGGUGGAGGAGUGGCACCGGCCGGUGGGGCAGCGCAGGAAGGACGCAGGCAUCGUCAGGUACAUGUGCUCCUCCGUGCUGCAGAGGGCGCUGGCCGCGCCCCUGGUCUGGAUCCUGCUGGCCCUCCUGGAUGGCAAGUGCUUCGUGUGUGCCUUCAGCAACUCCGUGGACCCCGAGAAGUUCCUGGACUUGGCCAACAUGACCCCCAGCCAGGUGCAGCUCUUUCUGGCCAAGGUGCCUUGCAAGGAGGACGAGCUGGUCAGGGACAGCCCCGCUCGGAAGGCUGUGUCUCGUUACCUGCGGUGCCUGUCCCAGGCCCUCGGCUGGAGCCUCACCCUGCUGCUGAUCCUGGCGGCUUUCCUGGCCCGCUGCCUGAGGCCCUGCUUCGACCAGACGGUCUUCCUGCAGCGCAGGUACUGGAGCAACUACGUGGACCUGGAGCAGAAGCUCUUCGACGAGACCUGCUGUGAGCACGCGCGGGACUUCGCACACCGCUGCGUGCUGCACUUCUUCGCCAGCAUGCGGGGGGAGCUGCGGGCCUGGGGGCUGCGCCGGGACGCCUCGCACCUGAGUCCUGAGCCUGCCGUGGUGCCCCCUGAGCCCCCAGAAGACCCGGAGGAUCCGGACAGUGGACGCAGGAAGGCCCACCUACGUGCAAUCUGCAGCCGGGAGCAGGUAGACGGCCUCCUGAGCAGCUGGUACUGCAGCAAGCCGCCGCUGGACCUCACGGCCUCCCCUGGGCUCUGGGGCUCUGGCCUCAGCCGUCGAGCUCCCCUGGUGGCCCCGGGCACCACGCUGUCCCAGCACACAGAUGUGUAGGCCCCCUGCUGGGCUUAGACAGCAGCGGUGCCUCGUGUUAAGUGCCCAGGUGGUCUACACCGCCUGGAGGUAUCCUGGGCCCUGAGAAACCCCAGCCAGGCAGUCUGCCUUGUUGGCCUCAUCCCAAAGAGCCAGGUCUCGGUCUCAUUUCUGUUUGGUUUUUUUUUUUUGCUGUUGUUGUUUUGUUUUUUUCCAGUACC